UUGAAGGUGAAAUGGAUUGAACGGACUGUGUCUUAUAAAAACCGAAUCACUCAUUGUAAAAUAAUUCAGUUGCCUACUAAAAACGACAUCAAAAUGUUCGUUAAGGUUAUCGUUGCUCUGUGUGCCAUAAGCGCCGUUCGCGCUAGCGGUAUUUUGGGAGUUGGCCCGGCGGUCUAUAGCAGCCACGCAAUCGCUGCCCCCGCUGUGGUCACCAAGACUAUCACUCCCGCUGUCUCCUCUGUGUCUUCUUACUCCACCCACACUGCUCACGGUGGACCCAUCGCCACUUAUGCCGCCGCUCCCGCCAUCGCCACCAACUACGCCGCUGCUCCCGCUGUCACCACCACCUACGCUGCAGCUCCCAUUGUAAGCAAAACCAUCACACCCGUUGUCUCUUCCGUGUCUUCGUACUCAACUCAAACCUCACAUGGCUCCCCCAUCGCGACCUACGCAGCUGGCCCAGCUGUAGCCUACGCCACCCGAGCCAUCGCCGCACCCGCUGUGGCUGCAUAUGCCACCCGCACUUACGCCGCUCCCGCUGCAACUUCCCACUCUUCCUACUCCACCCAGACUGCUCACGGCAGUCCCAUUGUGGCUAAGACCUACGCCGCCCCCGCGUACUCCACCUACGCUGCUCCCGCGUACAUUACUUACGGCGCUCCCGCUGCAACUUCCUACUCUUCCUCCUCCACCCAGACUGCUCACGGUAGUCCCAUUUUGGCUAAGACCUACGCCACCCCCGCGUACUCCACCUACGCUGCUCCCACGUACUCUACUAACGCCACUCCCGCUGCAACUUCCUAUUCUUCCUACUCCACCCAGACUGCUCACGGCAGUCCCAUUGUAGCUAAAACUUACGCCGCCCCCGCGUACUCCACCUACGCUGCUCCCGCGUACUCUAUUUACGCCGCUCCCGCUGCAACUUCCUACUCUUCCUCCUCCACUCAGACUGCUCACGGCAGUCCCAUUGUGGCUAAGACCUAUGCCGCCCCCGUGUACUCCACCUACGCUGCUCCCGCGUACUCGACUUACUCCGCUCCUGCGUACUCUACUUACGCUGCUCCCGCGUACUCUAUUUACACCGCUCCCGCUGCAACUUCCUACUCUUCCCAGACUACUCACGACGGUCCCAUUGUGGCUAAGACCUACGCCGCUCCUGCGCACUCCACUUACGUUGCUCCUGCGUACUCUACCUACGCCGCCGGCCCCGCCGGUCACGCUGCUAACUAUAGUUGGUAA